CUCUCACACACACACACACUGGAGAGCUGGAGCUUUUUGUCUCGCGCUGUCGGUCGGUCGGUCUGUCUGUCGGUCACCAUGUCGAGCUCGCGCACGCUGCAGUGUGUCGGUGUCCUGCUGCUCGCCGCCGUCCUGCUGCAGACCAUCGCCGUGGCCGUGUCCUUCAUCUACUUCAGCAGCGUCCUGAGCACGAUGAAGGAGACGUUCUCCAAAAGCAGUGUGUCGUGUCUGAUGCGCUCGAACUUGCGGGCGCUGAAAGGUUCUGACCCGAGCAGCUCGGAGGGAAAGGACGAUCCCUGCUGGCAGGUCACACAGCAGUUCCACUUCCUCAUCGAGAAGUCGAUGUCUAAUCGCUACCAGGAUGAGAUCAACUCCGCGGUAAAAGACGAAGUGUCCCGAGUUCUUCCCACGCUGGUGGUGCAGGACCAGGACGCUCUCCCACGGCCCAAGAUCGCCGGCCACGUCACGGGCAGUUACACACCAGACUCGGACAAGGAUGUGGGAGGUGCCUCCAACAGGAAGGUGUACGGCCAAAAAAUCCAGUCGUGGGAAUCCGAGAAAGGCCUGGCCUUCCUCCAGAACGUGGAACUGAGCGACGGAGAGCUGGUGGUGCCACAGGCCGGUCUCUACUACAUCUACUCUCAGACGUAUUUCAAGCACACGCUCAUAGAGGAUGAGGAGGAAGAGGAGGACCACGAGGAAGACGAGGGCGCGGCCAGGGGAAAGCCCAUGCUGCAGUACAUAUAUAAGAAAGUGGGUUCUUAUCCGGUGCCCAUCCUGCUGAUGAAGAACGCCAGGACGACCUGCUGGUCCCGGGACGCUGAAUUCGGACUCUACUCCAUCUACCAGGCGGGACUUUUCCAGCUCGGAGGCGGAGACCGACUGUUUGUGACCGUCAGUAACGUGAGCUCCAUCGAGAUGGACGAGAAGUCCAGCUUUUUUGGUGCUUUCUUGGUCAGUUAAGUCCAGUGGGCUACAGGACCAGGAGGUUCUUUAACUCUUAAUGCUUCCUGAGUGUCAGGCGAGCGUCAGACUGUUUUUUUUAUUGUUUUUGUUUUUCUCACCGAGCUCUCUAUGGAACGCUGCCAGGGAUCAGAUUGCCUGUAUAUGUGCGCUGAGUGACGUCACCUCACUCGCUCUGAUGAGAUCUCUGACAUCUGAGUGAAUUUCACUCGGCAGAUUUGCUGAAGGACAAAAUUAAAACACAUCAGGAGUCGGAGCAGAAGCUGAAUUUCAUCUGCUCGGGACGCAGGAACAGAAGAACGCUCAGCAGGUCGAUGGACACUUUCCCAUCCUGCAGAACGGCAGACGGCGCGCGAGCGUCCCGCACUGAGAAGGACUUUACAUCGUGACCUUAAAGGACGAGACGAUAUUUUAUAUCAGGCUGAGAAAAGCUUCUGUUUCUGCUCGGACAGCGACGUAUCGUAGACCCGUGAUGUGGUUUAGUAUCUGUAAGACCGAUGAAUUCAGAAGCAGGACAAAGACUCGUGAGGAAGCUUCUGGAAAGCAACAGCUCGGAUUUCUUCUUUACUUCCUGACACGUCUAUCACACCAGGCUCAUUCGUUAGAGCUUUUAACAAUGGACAUGGACACAGCGGCUUUACAGGAGUGUAUAAGUUCUGCAUCAUCACUGCUUUGAUGUUUAUUUAUAAGUAAAUCUAAAGAAAAUGGUGACACUGAGUGUGUGUGUGUGUGUGUGUUAGAGCGCUGAGGGAAUUUCUCCAAAUCAGAAAUUGUAAAAGUUUAAACUGAGAAAUCAGCUUGUGUAAAUUUAUGAAUAGUUUUGUACGACAGAAUUUACCAAAGUGACACUGAAUAAAGUCUCAUCUCAGCUCUGGA